CCAAUCGACUUUCGGAGCGGAUGAAGGCGUGGCGUUGGUGAGAAUAUGAAGAGGUAGAAUAUCAUGUGUCUGUCAGAGCUCUGUGCAGCUGUGGAGGAAACCAAGGCACGACUCAAAACAGCCCGCUGCAGCUCUGCCUCUCCGCGGACCCCUCUUCUCUGCAACAAGACAAAGUGAAAGAAGCAAAAAUGUCCCAGCAGAACGCGGUAAACGGGGUUUUGCCCAAGGGUAAAGUGUUAACUUUGGAAACGAUGAACCCAAACGUGAAGAAGGUGGAAUACGCUGUCCGUGGACCGAUCGUGCAGAGAGCGGUGCAGCUGGAGAAAGAGCUGAGAGAGGGUGCUAAGAAGCCUUUCACAGAAGUCAUCAGGGCCAACAUUGGAGAUGCUCACGCAAUGGGUCAGAAGCCAAUUACAUUCUUGAGACAGGUCCUUGCUCUGUGUGCGUAUCCUGACCUCUUGGAAGACAACAAAUUCCCAGAAGAUGCCAAACAGAGAGCGAGGCGGAUUCUCGGGGCGUGUGGGGGCCAUAGCAUAGGAGCCUACAGCGCCAGCCCGGGCAUCGAGUGCAUACGUCAGGAUGUAUCCCGUUACAUCGAGAAGAGAGAUGGAGGAAUCCCAUCAAACCCUGACAACAUCUACCUCUCCACCGGGGCCAGUGACGCUAUUGUGACCAUCCUGAAGUUGUUGAUUUGUGGGGAGGGUCGGGGGCGUACUGGGGUGAUGAUCUCUAUCCCUCAGUACCCCCUCUACUCUGCAGCUCUGGCAGACCUGGGUGCAGUGCAGGUCAAUUAUUACCUGGACGAAGACAAGUGUUGGAGUCUGGACGUGAAGGAACUUAAGAGAGCUGUAAACGAGGCCAGACAGCACUGUAACCCACGUGUCCUUUGCAUCAUUAAUCCUGGCAACCCUACAGGUCAGGUGCAGAGUAGAGAGUGCAUCGAAGAAGUCAUUCGGUUUGCCAAAGAAGAGAACCUCUUCCUCAUGGCUGAUGAGGUAUACCAGGACAACGUGUACGCAGACGGUUGCAAAUUCCACUCUUUUAAAAAGGUAUUAUUUGAGAUGGGACCUGAAUUCUCGAGUACUGUGGAGUUGGCCUCGUUUCAUUCCACUUCCAAAUGUUACAUGGGCGAGUGUGGGUUUAGAGGAGGAUACAUGGAGGUUAUUAAUAUGGACCCUGAUGUCAAAGCGCAGCUCACAAAACUAGUGUCAGUCCGGCUGUGCCCCCCAGUCCCAGGACAGGCUCUUUUGGACCUGGUGGUCAACCCUCCACAGCCCGACGAACCCUCGUACAACACUUUUAUAAAGGAGCGCACAGCGGUGUUGGCAGCCCUUGCAGAAAAAGCCAGAAUGACUGAAGAAAUGUUCAAUACUAUUCCAGGAUUUACGUGUAACCCCGUCCAGGGGGCUAUGUACACCUUCCCACGCAUUUCACUACCCCAAAAGGCCAUUGACAAGGCCAAGGAAGAGGGUAAAGUGCCGGACAUGUAUUACUGUAUGAGACUGUUGGAGGAGGAGGGAAUCUGCCUUGUGCCUGGGAGCGGCUUUGGACAAAGAGACGGAACAUACCACUUCAGGAUGACUAUUCUGCCACCUGCCGAAAAACUCAAGAUUGUGCUCGAGAAGAUCAAAAACUUUCAUAUUCGGUUCACCGAAGAAUUCUCCUAAUCCAGUCCUCAAACCUCACGUCUGCGGUUUCAAAGUCAACAGUUGAGUGCCUUCAAAUGACCCUGUGGUGUCCCACUGCCUUCAAUCAAAGUAUUAUGGUUUCCUCAGAAGAAACAAGUAGUAAUGACAUUUCCUUCAAUCAUUUGAUGCAUCAAAUGUAAAAGUCACAAUAUGUACUUUUGAAGGUCAUAAACAUGUAUAUCUAUAGUAGAUAAACUGCUGUCUAUACAGCCAAGUGAUGGACAAGAAAUAAAUGAAUUUAGAUGAUUGUAACAAGUGUACAGUAAGACUUACCUUAGAAUGUCAGUGUUUUAUUAAUAAUAAGCCAGUACAAAUAAAACUUAAGAUGGGGAA